UCUAGCUAGCGAUGAUAUUUUCCAAACUCUCAAACCCCACUUUCUCUCCCCCUCCUCCUUAUAUAUAUAGAACUGGAAUCUCCAGAAGUCUAAUAUAUAUCUUUCUGCUUUAAACACUUCGACAAUGGAGAAAUUGUACCUACGCGCUUUCCCUCUCCUCGUAUUCUUAGUUCUCUUCCCUCAACUCCUACAAUCACAGGGUUAUCUUUCUCGGCAACCACCUCGCCCAAUGGUAUUCACUCCACAUAACCGAUCGGACUCCGAUCCCCAACAGGUGCAUAUUUCAUUGGCGGGGAAGGACCAUUUCAGAGUUUCAUGGGUUACUGAUACCGAACAUUCGAAGUCGAUCGUGGAAUAUGGAGAAGCACCGGGAAAAUACAAUGCAGAGGCAACCGGAGAACACACAUCAUAUAAGUACUUCUUUUACAGCUCAGGCGAGAUCCACCACGUUAAGAUUGGACCCUUAAAGCCCAGCACCACCCAUUUCUACAGGUGUGGAGAGUCAGGCCCGGAGUUUUCCUUCAGGACGCCACCUUCGGGAUUUCCCAUUGAGUUUGCAGUUGUCGGAGACUUGGGACAAACAGAAUGGACUGCCUCAACCCUAGCACAUGUUGAUAGCGAGGACUACGACGUGUUUUUGUUACCGGGGGAUUUAUCUUACGCCGAUUUCCAGCAGCCACUGUGGGAUUCAUUUGGACGCCUAGUCGAGCCAUACGCGACUCGCCGCCCAUGGAUGGUGACCGAAGGGAACCACGAGAUGGAGAUCUUCCCGAUCAUCCACCCCCAGGGAUUCACGGCCUACAAUGCCCGGUGGCUAAUGCCAUACGAAGAGAGUGGAUCCACCUCAAAUUUGUAUUACUCGUUCGACGUUGCUGGGACUCACGUUAUUAUGUUAGGAUCCUAUGCAGAUUUUGAUGCAAAAUCAUCUCAGUACAAGUGGCUGGAGGCUGAUUUGGCUCAAGUCGACCGGAAAAAGACGCAAUGGAUGGUUGUGCUCUUGCAUGCGCCGUGGUAUAACACUAAUACCGCCCAUCAAGGUGAAGGAGAAAGCAUGAGAAAAUCCAUGGAAGAGUUGCUAUAUGAGGCACGCGUCGACGUGGUUUUUUCCGGUCAUGUUCAUGCAUACGAAAGAUUCACUAGGGUUUACAACAACGAGGAGAACCAAUGUGGUCCGGUGUAUGUGACCAUUGGUGAUGGAGGGAACCGAGAAGGACUAGCAUUAAAGUUCAAGAACCCAGUUUCCCCUCUUUCCUUGUACCGGGAGGCAAGUUUUGGACAUGGACGGCUGAGAAUAGAAAACGAGACACAUGCGCAUUGGUCGUGGCACCGCAACAAUGACUCCAACUCAGUUGUGGCAGACCAGCUCUGGUUUGAAAGCUUAAGCACCUCCAAAGCCUGCUGGCCGGAUGUUGUGGACCAAGGAUUAUCAUCGUCUCUUAAGGAAGAACUUUAGUUGACGUACAUGAAUAUACAGUUUGAGGGUGAUCGAAAUUAAUCUCCAGUCGGAUUUGUUUCGGGGAAGCUUCAGAAAUCACAUUUUAUUCUAUUACUAUCUCAUUCGACUGAGAUGAUAGUGUCAAUUAGCUUUCAUUUGUUGUAAUUAGGGGGUUUCUAGAUCUUUGAGAUUCCUUAAAAAAGUGAAUCUUAUAUAUAUAUACACUGUAAUAAAAUUGUCAGCUUGUAGUUUUUUUCACUUCUAAGUUAUAUUGUUUAGACAGAAAGGAAAAGAAGAUCUGAUGAAUAUAUAUAACAUCUCGGCUUAGAAGAUGGUGUAUAUCUAGCUUAAUUUUUGAAGCCUGCUUCGUAUCUCUGCGUAUCGCCCGGGAAUAUAAAUACACACAUCCAUUGUUCUUUGUAAUUUAUUAUUAUUAUUAUUUAUUAAAAAAAAGUUUAAUAAUUAA